AUGGAAAUUAAACUAGAAGUUCUAGCUUCAACAUGUAUCAAGCAAAGGAAGCCCUGGCCUCGAAUCAUUUGGCUGGGACAGGAAAAGGAAGCUGUAUUUCUUCUGGAUGACAAAAACAUAAAUGAAAUUAACCUACUUUCAGGAAAGACAAAAAAGAAGAUCCCUCAGUUACAUCCUUUGCUGAAAAACGUUGUAGUCUUAACAGCAUCAAGAAAUGGAGCUUGGCUGGCAGGGCUGCUUGAAACAGGAGAGCUCUUUCUUUGGCACAAAGAUCAAGAUGAUCUAAAAACUGUCCCAGCAGUUGAGGAAUCUAAGAAAGCAGUCAUAGCAAUAAAAGAAUGUUCUUUGAGGCUAUAUCUAUAUGUUUCUGAUGAUGGGGGGAAAGUGCUCCUUGCUACUUCAGUUUGUGUCUUUCUGUGGGAGAACAUGGAAUAUGAAAAUACACCCUCCAAACAUUCUUUAAUGGGACAGUGGUCACAAAUUAUUCCUGAAGCAUCCGUUGUAUUGCCGUCUCUCGAAGAGAAAGAAACUGCAGUGAGUGCUGAAUUCAUCAAAAAUGAGAUGCUGGGUGACCGCUGCCUAUGUUGUUUUGCAUUUUAUUCUGAGGAGUGUUUAAUGCUGACAUUUUUAGAAAUUCGGUGGCAGGAGAACAGUUUUAAAAGUGCUAGUUCUUCUCCCUGUCGAAUACACUGGACACAGCAAACAUGCUCUCUGCGUAGUUUGAUCCCCUGUUGUGAGGCAAUGAAAUCAAGAGGUGCUCUGCUGACUGCAUUUUCAAGUGAUGGGCUUGUACUAGCAAUUGCUGUCAAUCAAAAAGAUCCUCAGGCAACUCAAAUCUUGUUUAUGAACACAAUGAAUUUCGUUACUGUUUCUGGUAGUGUUAAGGGUUGUGGAAGCAAGAAUCGGAACAUUCCAUCAAAGUUUAUAAGGUCCUACUGGAUUGCUAGCAUGUGCUGGACCCCUGAUAGCCUGUUCUUGGCUUGCAUGUUAAAACGUGGGUCAUUGAUCCUAAUGACAUGUUUGGGUGAACUUCUGACUUUGGUUACUUUCGGUUGCUCUGUGGAGUUUGGACCAGCAGAAUUUGUUCCUCUGCAUCCAUUAGUAACAUACAGAUCACACCUCGCUCUGCUUCAAGAUUCAAAUCACUCCCAUAAUUCAUCAGCCUCUGAAGGAGACUAUAUGAGGCAGAGAUUUUCUGUAACAUCCCAUCCAAGGUUACCUUACCUCAUUGUCUCUGAUGGAUACAACUUCACGGUUCUUAGAUUUUGUGACGGUUUUUCACCAUCAGCAUUUUUGAGGUCAUUGCUGCUUGAUUCAGCCCAGAGACUUGAAAAACUACGCCACAGUCUGGUUGCAUCUAAGCCUAAGGGGAAAAGACUGCUGCUGCAAUCAUUGUCCUCCUUAAGAGUUAGUCUGUUACAGAAUCAUCAAAAUGAAUGUUCUGCCCACUCUGUGAUUCCAAAAUUUCUCCAAGAUGAGGAAGGAACAGAACAAAAAGUAGGCUUUCAGGAUGAUGCUGAAGAUUCUGAUGAAGACAAGCAGUUUCAAAGUUAUUCUUUUAUUUUUGGGAGCCAAAACACUGAUAACUCUUUAAGUGAUGAAGGCAGGUUGGAAUUUGCAUCGAUGUUUGACACCAUUCAUGCAGUGAAUGGAACAGAAGAACAAAAAGAUGACAUAUCUUUAGAACUGAACUAUAUCCAAAAAAAUCUGCUUGCAGCUUGGAGAAUGGGGAUUUCAAGAAACGUACAAGAAGGAGAUACAUUGCUAAGUUCUACCAUACGUUGCAUUACGCACUUUUUAAGAAUGUUACAGUAUGCAAAGCUUAACUUUUCAAAUUUAAAUAACUUUUUAACGGAUAAUCCAUGGAUACAGUGCGUUUUAAACUGUUUUCAGCAGUUUUUGACUCUUCUGAGUUGGGAUGGUAUGCAUAGACAGACACUGGGACAUUUGAUCAAGCUGACGUUGCAUACGCUGAAACUAAUGCUUACAGAACAGCAUGGUCAGCUGUUUUCUAGUAAUCUUUUGGGAGGCUUCUCUUUGCUGAAAAUGGUUACUUGUUGCCUAAAUGGCAAAAAUGUGCCCCAGUAUGAGAUACUUCCAGCAUUCCUGGAUGUUAGUAGCAAUGUGGAGCUGGACUCCUUAGUUAUGCCUGUGUUUCAAGCUAAGGAUUGGAGCAGUCAUCAAAAUUAUUGUGCAGUGAAAUCUGUACUCAAGCACUCCCCUCCAGUGGUAAACCUGGGAGUGAAUCCAGAAAAGAGGUUAACUGUACUGUGGCAAUUACUGUAUGAGCAUGUCCUUUGGUAUCGGGCACAGCUAAACAGAAAAAUGCUUAACUCAAGUAAACUGCUGUCUGAAAGACAAAUUGUACAUGAAGAACCAAUCAUUGAAGCUCUUGCAAAUCAUAUACAGGCCAUUGUACAGUCUUCAGGAGAGAAACUGGACAAAACACUGAAACUUAACUCUGUGGCUGGUGAGGAACAAUUUCUGAUAGGGUCUUACAAAGAAUCUGUGGACGUAUGGGAGAAAGCUCUCAAGGAGACCGAAGUAAAAGGAGGAAAGAGAACACCUUUUCUUCAAACUCGACACUACCUUGCUAUAUUAUAUUGUCACCUGUAUCACUACAGUCUAAGUGAGGCUCAAGGACUGUGUGAUCAUCUAGUGCUUGAGCUACUAAAGCAAAGUAAUAUUUCUGUGAGAGAGAAGGACUAUAUCUCAGAUGCUGAAUUCAUGAUAAGGGCCGUUCAUACUGAAGCUAUCCUGGCAGUGGUUCAGUCGCUGGCUCGAUUCAUGGCAGCCUACUUCACUAAUGAGCCACUUUUUGUGCUUCCUCCACAUAAUGUCGCUGUGUUACCUCCACUUCACAUCAGACCAGACAGGUAUCCUCGUGUUGUCCCGCUGCAGCAUUCCAGAAUCACCAGUGCAAUCAGGGAUCAAGGUCUUUCUUGUGUCUGGACAGCUGAAUACGCUCUUGACUUGUUUCUGAUUGGUGGGCUACUGCCAGAAGCUGUGUGGCUGGCACAUAAACUUGGAGACUGGAAGAUGUCUGUUUCAAUUGGUGUCGCUUUUAAUCAGUAUUGUCGAAGUGACAAUGGCUUUUCAAGGUCACAAAAAGUAGAACUAUGCUUGCCAUUGUAUUUGACUCCAACACAAAUUUUUCAAGAACGAUUACAGUCUUUUAUGGGCCAGCCUGCCAGUGUGGAAACAUCAAAUGAUGGAGAGUUGAAAUACAAACAGUUUACAGAUCCUAUUGAGGAGGAAGAUGCAAAUGUGCUUUUCAAAUCAGUUGAAGAAAUACUGAAAGCAGCUGUUAUGGCAGAUGCAGAUAUUCUUUCAGAGAUAUUUCAGCUCUUGAUGGACUGCGCCAAGGAUCUUAGCAGAAAGUUCUGCAGUUUGGUGCCUGAGGGCUUGUAUCUUCCCGCACCACCUUUAUACUGUCCUCAGCCAGCAUUUCCUAGCGAAGAAGAAUACACCGAUUUGCCACUAAAAAUAGAAAGAGAAUGUCGGCAGAAGGUUUCCGGGGUGGUUCAACGAAUUCUUCUCCUUUUCCGGGCUGCUCAUUGUUCUUUCCCUGCUGCUCAGUGGUAUAUCGUUCAACUGAAACGGGCCCGAAAAAUAAUGCAAAAGAUUCGCAAGAAAGGAGCUCUUCCAUUGUUAAAUAAUCUUCCUGAAAAUUUGCUUAAUUAUUCUAAAUCUCAUACAGUAUUCUUUAAACCUACAUCAUCUGGAGACAGCGGGUUUGAUGUUAUUUCAUGUAGGACAAUAGAGUGCUUUAGGGAGUUGUGUGCAUUGUGUUGGAUGCUUCACGUUCGUGAAAGGUUGUCGGAUAGUUGCAGACGGUACCAAACUGCAAGAGAGAAUUCAGAAAAUCAGAAAGAAAGCAGAACUCCUGAAUUUGAUGCCUGCGUAGUUGAGUGCUGUCUGAAUGCAUUGGAAUGGGCUUGCCGAAUGCUUCCUUUUGCUAGGUUCAUGAAUGCUGAAGAACUUAUCCAGGAUAUCAUUCUGAGUCUCACUGGAGAAUUGCCACCAAUCCAAAAGGUGGCAGAAAUUUUGGUGAAAGCAUUUCCUAACCGUGAAGAUGUAAGAGUCCCAUUAAGGGAUAAAUAUAAUGGUCUGCACCAGCGACUUAGACACUGUGUAGUCAAAGGCCCCAACAGUGAAAAAAUGAUGUCUGCCGUAAUAGAGGCUGCUCAUAAAGUGAAUCUGAAAACAUUAAAGCGUGUGAUAAGGAAUAUAGGGCCAAAUCAAAGAAAUAUCUGGGAGCCACCGGAAGAGGAGAACCAAGAACUUGGAACUUGCUGCUAUGAUGGAUUCUCUCUGGGAACUAGCCUCAGCAGAAGCACAGUCUCUGACCUGGGGAACCCUCAGGUUUACAGUGAUGCUGAAACAGGAGACUCAGUCUCUGAAGCGUUGCUGAUGGACGGAACAAGAAAGAGUACCCCUUCACAGAUGCAGGAAGAGUACAGGGAAAUACGUAACUGUGGAUCGGAUUUGACAGGAUAUAAGAGCACUCCUGAAAAGCUGAGAGACCUCAAUAUGAAAGAAACAGAAAGUAAAAGAAAGAUCAAUAAAGCCCCCCCUGAUCAUCAUACUUUGCCGGUGGUUGGUGUGUGGGAAUUCGAACGUGAUGAUGAUGAAUACAUGAAGUUCUUGGACCUCUUUUUGACUUAUGUGCUUGAAAGAGAUCACAUUAGUCAGAGGGACUCAGCAGUUCCUUUUCUGAAGAGCUUUUCAGCCCUCCUUAGGGAGCAUGAAUUGAACUCCCUCCUCUUUGAUGUUCACACAACACUGAAACGUCGACAGAAUAGAACUAAAAGCCAAAAUGUUUUUAGAGCUGGUUCUUCUUACUCCCUUAUUUUGAAGCCUAGUAAUUCUAAACCAGCUUCUUGGUGUGAUGAAAAGAAAAAAGAAUUUAAAAAACACUCUCUACCUGCUUCCGUUCAACAACCAGCUGAGCUUUCUGGCCAUGACUCAGUGAUGAGACUCACCGCGAAAAGAGGAUUAUUUGGCCUAAGCCCGCAGUCAGUUUAUAGAGCCAAUUCCAGUAAAGGAAUAACUCUUACACCAGUAUUAACUCAGCGUUUGUCUGAGCAUGCUUCUCCUACCAUCCAAACACCUCCAGUUCAUAAAUAUAUCUACAAAGCCAUUCGAGUGACAGAUGACAUACAAAGAGAGGAGUUUUCGCCAGAAAUAAAUAAUAAAUUUGACAAUAUUGCCCGCUUACUCGAAUGGAUGAUUAGAUGGUGUGAUAGGCAGUUGCUUUAUGAUCACAUCUCAGCAGAUCCACUUCAGGAGUGCCGACCAAUGAUGCAUGUAAAAACAUCUGCAUCCGCCAUCCUUGUGUCAUUCUGGCUUUUGGAACAACAGCACAGCAGUGAAUCACGAGAUCGAAAUGCUCACUGUGGGAAUCCUACGAAACCAUGUGCAAGUACCCAUUCUUCAGGUUUUCCAUUCAAACUAGAGAAAGAAAGUAGUGUGGAUACAGGCUAUUCUCCAUCAGCUGAAACGCCAGUUCUUGCCCAAGACGGAAAUACAUAUUGUGAACCUUAUGAAAGUACUUUAAGGACCUCACAUGAAAAGCAACCCGAGAAGAAAGAAAUUGAUUUCACGGAUAAUUCUGUAACAGAUGACACAAAGAGUGGAGGAAGAUAUUUUGAUGAUGAUCUGAUAGAUGUGGGAGGAUGCUUAUCAGAUGAAGCAGACAGUUCUCUGAAGAACCGUUUGCAGCUUCAAGGAGUCCCACCAUUUCUGUCAGCAUUAAAACAGUUCAACCAAAAAAGUACUACACAUGGUACAGUUCUCAGUGACAAUCCUUGUUCAUUCGUUCCUGAAAGGAAGGCAGAAACUCCAAGUGUAGAGAUCUCCGUCUCAGGUGAUCAGCCGUCUUUCACCGUUGUGUCAAGUGUUUGUUCUAGUAAUCCUGUUGAUUCAAAGAAAGAAGAAGUUGAUGCAAGAGAUCACCCAUCUUUGACUGUUGUGUCAAGUGUUCAUCCUAGCAAUCCUAUUGGUUCGAAGAAAGAAGAAGUUGCUUCAACAGACCCAACGCCACAGCCGUUGAACAUUUCAGAUAGUGUCAGGCAAAUGCUUCAAGAUGAAAUGUUUAAACUGGUCCAGCUCCAGCAAAUCAACUUCAUGAGCCUCAUGCAAGUGGUGGGGUCGUCCAUGGCCAGCCUGCCAGGCAUGUCACACCAUUUGCAGCAGUCACAGCCAUCUCAUUUGGGAAGGAGCCAGGUUUCAAACACCGCAGGGACUGACCCGGAGAGGUGUCCCCUAGAACACUCGGCAGAUGGUCCUUCAAAAAGACAAAUGCCCACUCUAGAAAGCACUUCAAAUUCUAGUAAGGAACGCUCCAGUCCUCAGGAAGAGAAGGUUCUACCUGAUCAAAAUGACAGUGAAAAUGUGCAGAAUCUCCCACACGUUGGUGAUGCUGCAAGGUUACCAGAGAACCGAUCCUUUGGAACAAGGCUGGUUCCACCAUUUCAGGACUUGCUCCUUCAGGUCUCACCCAGACCACUACCUCUAUUAUCAGCUUCCCUUAAUGCUAAAAAACCCCCUAGGCUUAUUCCACUGGCGAAACCCUUAAAUAAUGCAAAUGGAUUUCCUCUGCUCAAACUUAAACCACACUAUCAGUUGCACUCACUAAAUAUCUGCCCAGUAAAACUUCCAAAAGCUUUAAGAAGACCACUCCCACAACCCCGAGAAGCUUGGGGUCCAUCUCCUCUAGUGGAGAAUCCUCAGGGUUCACAGACACCCCCACGCAAAAAUGAGUCAACAGCAUACCUAAGAUUGAACUAUGAUCCUGAAGUUAUCGGGCGAGCACAAGACGUGGGGAACAAGUGCCCAGAAGUGAUGGACCAGGGGCCUUCCAGACAUCCGCACCUGCCAGAAUAUGACAAAAAGGGAAAUGUGACACCUUCAGAACCUCCUCAUGCACAUUUAAGGGCAGAGAAACCACUGGUGGACCAUGAAAUCUCCUUGCAUAAGACAUGUGGAAAUCUUGCUCAGAUCCCCUUACUGUGUCUGAAGCCUCGUCAACAGUGCAGAUAUCCUUCAUCUUUAAGGCCUAUUCAAUUGACAGCAAAAGACAUGGAUUCCAUCAAAAAGGAAUACCGUUACUCUAUACUAAUGUACCUCCACUCACUAAGUUUUGUGUUUCAAACACCAAAGCUCAUCCCACUUCAGAACCUUAUUGAAUUUGAGCAAAGCCGUCAGAUUGGUCAAGCCCCAUUUAUUGGACACAAAGACCAUCCUGAACAGAUCCAGUUACUAAAAGCGAACAUUAAACGCUUUGAAGCAAGAGAAGACAGGAAUAAUCAAACAAGGCAAAGGAGGCGUGUCAAGAAACAGAUGAAGGAGAAAGAAGAAAGGAAGAAAGUAACUGUGACUUUUCAACAAGAUGAUUCCAUUGUUCUGCCUGGCGUUGUAGAGAAGACAAAGGAUGACCAAGUGGAAUCCAACUAUGACCUUAAUGAUGGUGACCACUUGCUGGACCCAGAGGCAGUUAUUUCUUCAGUAAAUUACUUGGCUUCUGUAAGGAAAAGGCCCACAGAUCUUCAAGAUGCUAGCACAAAUACAGAUCCUGUUCUUAAAUCACAUCAGGAUAUGCAAACUGUCUCAGAAGAAAUAGUUUCUGAACCUGAUAAAAAUCAGCCCAUCAUCUCUGUUCCAGUAUCAGAAUCAUUGCCUUCAUGUGUUCCUGAGACGUUGCCACCACAUCUGUACUUAAAUCUCAGAUUUCCCACUGAAGCCACAGAGAUGCCCUUACCAUCCUCCUUAUCUAAUGCUGCACUUGAUUUGGUUGGACGGAAGUAUAUCAAUGUGAUUGAUAUAGAAGAUGAUGACCUUCUGAAAAACAUGCCAGAGAUAUCAGAGCCUGCAGUGAAGGACAUUGCCCUGCAGCCAAAGAAGCCUGGUGUCCUACCUUCUGCAAAACUGCAUCACAUGGCAGCAUCCGUUACCAGUGCAAUUCCACCUGAAGAAAUAGGGAAUGAAGAACCAUCGCAAGCUUCACUGGAGCGUUUAGAGGCAGAAAUGGCUGGUGAUCGUCUCACACUGCGUCUUCUGCAAGAGGAUUUCAGGAGUCACUCCUCCCCAGGACUGUUAGCCAAACAAAUCAGCAGAGAUCACUUUUCUGCCAAACUACAAGAAAUGGAUAAGAAGCUACUAGCCUUACAGAAUGUGACAGAAAGAAUAGAGCAAGAAUUCAGAAACACUGAACUGUUGGUAGAAGUACCACUAGAUGAAGGUGGAGGCGUGGCAGUUGAUCCAGGAGACAAUGACAUUUCCUUCUAUGCACCAGGUGUUAAAGUCACCAAAGAAGAACGUUAUUCAACCCGUUUGAUUGUGGAGGAUUUCACGGAGGAGGAAGAUGUUUUAAAACCAGACUCUUUUCAAAACAACUAUGCUGCCUUGCAAACUCCCUCCAUUUCUCAUUCAACAUCAGCAGCUGAUCUUCCCAGUGUCAGAAAGUCAUCUUCAGAUAUCUAUACUAGACUUGAAGAACUGGAUGAAAGGUGUGUAUUGGAAAACAUUUUAACACCACAUUUCUCAGAAGAUCCCUUGCAGAUUACUGGCUUGAGCGGUGUUACUGACAUCAUAACUGAUCUCAUAAAGGAAGGCAGGAUUUCAGCUGCAGAACUGGGCCUCACAAAAACACAGGCCAAAAAAAUCUCCAGAUGCUCCAGCGCAGUGAGUGGACGUUCACAUCGAACAGAACAGGAGAAAAAAGAGUUACAAACCUGGAUGAAAAGAAAGCGAAAGGAAAGACUGAACGAGUAUCUCCAAAAGCUGGCUGAACAAAGAGAAAAGGAACACAAUCCUUUUCAGUUAAGGAAUAACUUGCUUGGAUAUACAUCACGGGAAAUUAAACUGCAGCAAAAAAAGAAAGAGGAAAAAGAUAAACUCUUGUUGUCUGAGCACCAUAAUCUCAGAGUCUCCCAAGCUCUCAACCUCAUGCAUGAGCUGUUAUCAGACACAGUGCAACUUCCUUCACGUGAGCCUGGAUCACCACCGAAAACAAGGUUGCCUCAAGAUAUCAAGAGGCCGCGCAUCUCUUCUGCUGGAAGACACUACCAAACUGCAAGGAACAGCACAACUUCCAGGGCUGGGUUGGGUCAGACAAGAUCCUUUUCCAGUCUACCUUGUGACGUGACUCGAAGAAAAGCGAGAAGAGAAGAAACAGCGAUUGAAUCUGAUGGAUACGACACAACUUUGGAUGCGAGCCCAGACGCGAGGGUAGAUGAGCAUCUCCAGUGUCUCCCACAGAGGAUGUCCGAAUGUUUGGAGAACAGAUGA